GAUAAAUUAUGGAAUCCCAAGUGCGUCAGAAUUACGCAAAAGAAUGCGAAGCUGCCAUCAAUAAGCAGAUUAACAUCGAACUAUAUGCUUCAUAUGUCUACCUUUCCAUGUCGGUUCAUUUCGACCGUGAUGACGUCGCACUGAAGAACAUCUCUAACUGGUUCCGCAAACAAGCAGAUGAGGAAAGGGAACACGCUAUUGCCAUGAUGCACUUCCAAAACCUUCGAGGAGGUCGAGUUGUGAUGCAGGCAGUGAAUAAGCCUGAGAAGGAUGAGUGGGGAAACGCUCUGGAAGCAUUCCAGGCUGCGCUCGCCUUAGAAAAGUUCAACAAUCAAUCAUUACUUGAACUUCACGAGAAGGCCACCGCCAACAACGACCCGCAAAUGACCGACUUCAUCGAAUCCAAAUUCUUGGAGGAACAAGUGGAAUCUAUUGCGGAAAUCGGAAAAAUUAUUACCAACCUCAAGCGAGUCGGGACAGGAUUGGGAGAAUAUCUUUUCGAAAGGGAACACUUCAAGGAUUAGAAUACAGGAGAUCAACAUGUUCCACUCUAUCUAUUACUCAAAUACCCAAUCAUCAAUCGUGACCUCCGCUACUUUUACACUGUAUACUAGUGUCAUAUGCAUGCACAUCAAUAAAAUGCUCAAAU